AUGGCUCCCACGGGCGGCGGCAAUAUCAAGGUGGUCGUCCGUGUACGUCCUUUCAACACUAGGGAGAAAGACCGCAAUGCGCAAUGUAUUGUGCAUAUGAAAGAUGCUCAGACUGUGCUUACUCCACCGACCGAUGCUGCCCAUAGAAACAAAGCUGUUGCUGAGGGCUCAAAGACGUUCAAAUACGACAAGUCAUACUGGUCCUUCAAUCGCGACGACCCACAUUAUGCUGGUCAAGAGAAUGUCUUCGCUGAUCUGGGUGUGCCUCUAUUGGACAAUGCAUUCCAAGGCUACAACAAUUGUAUAUUUGCAUAUGGCCAAACUGGCUCUGGCAAAUCCUACAGUAUGAUGGGUUAUGGAGAGGAGAUUGGGGUCAUUCCGCGCAUUUGCAAGAACAUGUUUGAGAAAAUCGAGAACAUUCAAUCUGCCGAUCGAAAUAUCAAGUACACUGUUGAGGUUAGUUACCUCGAAAUCUACAAUGAAAGAGUUCGAGAUCUACUCAACCCUGCCAGCAAAGGUAAUUUAAGAGUUAGGGAACAUCCAAGUACUGGCCCUUAUGUCGAAGAUCUGGCAAAGCUAGCUGUACAAUCCUUUCCAGAGAUUGAGAACCUGAUGGACGAGGGCAAUAAAGCAAGGACAGUAGCUGCGACUAACAUGAACGAGACGAGCUCACGUUCACAUGCUGUCUUCACUCUGACCUUGACACAGAAGCGCCACGAUGUCGAGACCAACAUGGACAGUGAGAAAGUGGCUAAAAUAAGUCUGGUUGAUCUGGCUGGUUCUGAACGAGCAACUUCGACAGGUGCUACUGGCGCUCGAUUGAAAGAGGGUGCUGAGAUCAAUCGAUCCUUGAGUACUCUCGGCCGUGUCAUCGCAGCACUUGCCGAUCUCUCGAGUGGGAAAAAGAGUGUCAAAGUUCCCUAUCGAGACUCGGUGCUUACCUGGCUGCUCAAAGAUUCUCUAGGUGGCAACAGCAUGACUGCCAUGAUCGCAGCUAUAUCUCCUGCUGACAUCAAUUUCGAGGAAACACUGAGCACACUCAGGUAUGCUGACUCUGCCAAGCGAAUCAAGAACCAUGCGGUUGUCAAUGAGGAUCCUAAUGCUCGCAUGAUAAGAGAACUAAAGGAAGAGCUUGCUCAACUUCGUUCCAAGCUAGGUGGAGGCGGUGGUAUUGCAGGUACGCCCAUGGAAACAUAUCCAGAAGGCACUCCUUUAGACCAGCAACUAGUAAGUAUCACUCAGGCAGACGGUACAAUUAAGAAAGUCAGCAAGGCCGACAUCAUGGAUCAGUUGUCGCAGAGUGAGAAGCUGUACAAAGACGUGAACCAGACAUGGGAAGAGAAGCUGCUUAGAACAGAAGAGAUUCACAAAGAGCGAGAAGCUGCUCUCGAAGAGCUCGGCAUAAGCAUUGAAAAGGGCAACGUCGGAAUGAGUACACCCAAGAAGAUGCCUCAUCUGGUAAAUUUGAGCGACGAUCCUCUUCUAGCAGAAUGUCUUGUGUAUAAUCUGAAACCUGGAAUCACGACUGUUGGCAAUGUCGAGUCAAGCAAUAGCUCUGAAAUCAGGUUAAAUGGUAGCAGGAUUCUUGAGCAUCAUUGCAAGCUUGAAAAUGCAGACAACAUUGUCAGCAUAAUUCCCAAUGAAGGUGCAGCUAUCAUGGUGAACGGUGUUCGUGUCGAUAAGCCUAAGAGACUGCGGUCAGGAAAUCGUAUCAUCCUGGGUGACUUCCACAUCUUCAGGUUCAAUAAUCCUCUCGAAGCUAAGGCUGAGCGAGUCGAGCAGAAUCAGAGUCUAUUGCGACACUCUGUGACUGCAAGCCAAUUAGGCUCACCCAUGCCGUUUAGGCCAGGACACGAGCGAAGUAUCAGUUCGACAACUUCUAUCUGGGAAGACUCGAGCCGAGCGGAGAGUCCUAUGCCUGCAGACGCAGACUGGGCUUUUGCCAGAAGAGAGGCAGCGAAUGCUUUACUCGGUAUUGACCCUAAGAUCAAUCAGAUGACAGACGAGCAGCUGGACAAUUUGUACGAGAACAUUUUGAAGGCCAGAGAGGAACGAAGAGGUCGGCCAGAGAGCAGAUUGUUCGAACAUGACGAUUCAUCUGACGAUAUGAGCUCUUUCUUGAUAAAGGACAAGUUCAUGUCAGAAGGCACGAUAGAUGAGGACUACUCAAUGGAUACUGCAUUAACGAUGCCUCAUCAGAUACCAGAGACGCCAUCGAGGACAAGUUCCAACGCUGUAGAGCAAGAACUCAAGCACCAAGCUGUUGAAGUCAGUGACCCGUCACAGCCACAAUCGCCAUCGGAGGAUAACCAAGCACAACAAAAGCAAGCUGACAUGGUUCGACAAGAACUGGAAAGGACUAAACGAGAAUUCCAGGAGGAGCUUCGUCGACAGAAAGAAGAAUAUGAAAUCCAAAUCAAGGCCGCCUCUCUACAAGCCAGCAAGCAGCCUGUAGUGCUAGCAGAAUUGUCUAAAGAAGAAAGGGCUACUGCUCGGGUCGUGGUCGAAGCGUGGCGACAGCGCAAUUAUGUGCAUAUCGCAGAAUCUGUGUUACGCCACUCUGGCCUAAUCAAAGAGGCUCAAGUCAUCGCGAGACUACUUGGUCAAGAUGUCUCGUUCCAGUUCGCAGUCCUUGAUCUCGGUCAGGAAAAAGUCUCGUCGUAUGAUCUCAUUUUGAGUGACAUAUCAGAUGAUGAUGACCAUAAGCUUUCGGAAGCACGAAAGCCAUGUCUCGCUGUCAGAGUUAUUGACCUUAAGAACAAUGUGAUCCGGAUGUGGUCGCUAGACAAGCUGAACGCGCGCUUACUGAAAAUGAGGCAGAUGCUCCAGUACAAAGAUCAACCCGACUAUUUGCAGCACUUCAGGGUAAGCAACCCAUUUACAGACGAAAAUGGACCAAGUUAUUCGCUUCUUGGCGAUUGUAGCAUACCUCUCGCAGCAGCUUUCGAGACUCGUGUCCAGGAUUUCUCGCUUGAUGUUACAUCCCCGUUCUCACGGCAAACACUUGGACGACUACGUUUGUCAAUAGAGCCUUCGGUCAUGGAAGCACCACUUGGAAUGGUAAAAUUCAAUAUCGUGCUACGCGAUUUGGCUGGCUUUGCUGAACACGAAGGAUCAGAGCUACACGUGCAGAUGUUUGUCUCCGGAUCACAAGAGGAGAAUGUCGCUACUAGUUCACCUGUCUCAGGCUUCGGCGAUGGACCAAUCCGUUUUGAGAGUAUUCAUGGGCUUAGUGUACCUCAAUCAAGUGAGAAAUCUAGCAUGCUGAAGAUAGUGAUCUAUGCAAGAGUCAGUAGCAUGCACCUCGACAAGCUCAUUAGCUGGGACGAAUUGAGAGAAAUGGCCGAGCAUCCACCCGUCCAAACAACGAGUUCAAGGUUGCCAGAGUCCGAAUUUAGCGUCGAAGAGCGGCAUGAUGUCUUUGCAAAGGUACAAGUACUUGAGCUCGCAGAAAGUGGGCAAUACCUACCUGUUGAAGCACUUCAAGUCAGCGACUCGGAACCUGGAAUACAUCAACUGCAACAAGGACUUCAAAGGAGAAUUUCCGUCAGUCUGACCUACAGCCUGUCUGACUCCUUGCCAUGGGACGAUAUCAAGAACUUGCGUGUCAGUGGUGUACAUCUUAUCGACAGCAAUGGUCGAGUCACGGACGCAAGCACAACGACGCCAGAAAUUAUGUUGAAGCAAAUACAAGAGCCAAUGAUUCGGGACAAUGCAGAUGGUACUUCAAACAUCACCUUCGUGGGACAGUGGGAUAGCUCGUUGCAUAAAUCGCUCGCCUUGGAUCGGGCAACGAACGAACUGCACAAGGUCAAAAUUACAGUCAGCUGGGAUGUUAUAUCUUCCAGGUUGGAGGAACCUAUGACCUUCAACAUUGACCAAUUCUUACAAGUCCAAAGCCGGUCUUAUCUAAGACCACAGAACAUCCUUAAGUCUUUCUGGAACCAACAACGUAUCACACGAAGUUCUGAUGGUAUCUUCUCUGUUGCAAUCAGCCCUUUGAGUGCCAAAAGGGCGGCAGAUCUGUGGCGACUUGACACAUCGAAGGACUAUAUUAAUGGUGAAGAACUGCUUGGGUCAUGGACUCCAAGAGGUAUCUCGCUUGUCAAGGACUACAUCACAGCACGUCGCAAACGUCGACAGUUGGAAGACAUUGAUACUGUGAAAGCCGCCUAUGGACGCAAGCUAAACAUGUCAUCGUCUCGCAAGACCCGAGCACAGCUUUCGUCUAUCAAUGAGACAAGCCACGAAGCUACAACAGAAACAAAUGCAAAGAUAGCCCGAUAUGUUGCCCUUUGGCAAAAGCGUACCUCAGACAUGUCAAAUCCCAUCUUCGACGACAACGAAGCCUCAAAACCAGCUGCAAUAGCAACCAUCCGAGCACAACAAGCUGAAAGAAAACAGCGCUAUGCAGCGACAGUAACUCACCACGCAAAGAAUCCCAUCUCCCUGAAGUCAGGAUAUGUACUCAUGCCUUCCGAGACUCUACCCGACCAACACUCCCAAGCCACCAUGCAAUGGAAACGUCGUUUCGUCGAUCUUCGACCACCCUACCUCCACAUCCACUCCGUACCAGACGGCGACGGAAUCAACGCCAUCAACCUCAGCCGAGCACGCAUCGACCACGACCCAGACUUCAAGCGCUUGCUUGGCGGCAUUCCCACAGGCGCCGACGAUUACGAAUCUGACGCAAGCGGUACACCACGACCCAACAAGAACAAGGGGCAUAGAAGGACCGGAAGCACGGAUCUAGCUCAUGGAUUAGGCCAUGUCUUUGCUGUUUAUGGCGAGCAGAAUACGUUUUUGUUUGCUGCGAGGACUGAGAGGGCCAAAGCGGAGUGGAUAUUGAAGAUUGAUCAGGGGUGUUUUCAGGAGGAGGAGGAGGAGGAGGAUGAGGAGGGUGACGUCGUUGCUGGUAAUGGACAUUGA